GACCAACGGAAACCAGCCGGAUUCCGUAGCAUUGCCCUACAGGCCAGCUUUUGAGGCUGCUACCAGGCAGCUCCCGGUUGAAACUGACAUCACCGAAUACUUUCUCGCUGCACUGCCGGAGACAGGCGCGCUACUUGAUGCAGGUGUGCAACCGGGCACCCAAGCCUUCCUGCAUACUUUCAUGCGGCACACGUGGUUCUGCACAGAUCCGCAGUCGGAGCGAGUGUACCACACUCAGGUGGGUACGGUCCCAGGAGCACCGUUAGCGGACCUGUUGUUCCAAUAUGCGGCCCAUGCAGCCCUCCUUACCAUAGAGCACUUCAUGAGGGUGGAGCAUCUUGCUGCGUCCAUCUUGCUAGGAGACGGGGCGGUGCCCUCUCAGCCUGUGACUUGGCUCGACGAUGUCGCGCUUCUAGUCGAAGCUGCUGUUCCUUCGGAGCUGGGGUCUCGCACCGCGCGCGCCGCUUCCAUUGCGCGCCAGUGCUUCCAGCUUAUUGGUAUCAGUACCAAUCUGGAACCAGGCAAAACCGAAGCUCUUAUGAUUUUCAAGGGGCGCGGCAGCAGGGCCGCCGCACACGAGGUCAUGGUUACGCAGAACUCCACCCUGCAGAUCACCGGGCCACACGAAAGUCCGCUCCGGCUCCGUGUGACGCCCCGAUACGUCCACCUUGGGACGCAGCGUAAUGUUACGGGAGGAGCCGGGGAAGACUUGAAGCGCAGGGCAGGGUUGGCUAGGGUUGUCUACAAGCCCUUUCGGGCCAGGCUCCUUCGCAACGAAUGCCUCUCGGUUGCAGAGCGAAUGCACAUGCUUCUCAGCAUGGUGCUGGCCUCCUUCCUGCAUGGAGUGGAGUCGUGGGCCUUUCGCGUAACUGGCGAGUUCCAGGCUUUCCGCAAACAGUAUAUGGCCUUCUUCCGUGGGGCGGUUCGACCUCUUUUUGGAGUCAGCUGCAGACGGAUGGAAGAUAGCCAGGUUUGUGCUAUGCUUGGGGUGUCUAGCGCCAGAGAAGAGCUGGCCAUUCGUCGGCUACGAGCCUUCGCGCAAGUCUGUCAGCGGGGCUCUGACUUCUUGCGUGCUGCACUGGUCCAGGAGCAGGAAUGGCUGCUUGCUGUUCGUGACGAUGCACAGCUGUUGGCUUCCAAGCUCACCAUGCCUGCGGCGGUUGAGCUUUCUGGGCCCCCGACUUUGGCAUGGUUUGAGAACUGGCCUCUCACCAGUCGCGCCAUUGCCAACACCCUGAAGGCCUUCCGUAAGCGCUGCAUCAAGGACAGGGAUCACUUAGUUGGGCCGGCACUAUACAGCUUACGCCUCCAACAGAUCGCCGAGGAUUAUAGCCUCCAACAACUCAAGCCUACUGAAGUUUGGCCUGACCUCGGUGAUGACGGCGAGGACUAUCCUUGUGGUAUUUGCAGUAAUCCUUUAAGACUGCGGCAGCGGCAGGUCAAUCCUCGCUGCGCCGACACUGUCAUCGCUAGCGACAUUGAUGCGACGACUACAGACGGCAUUGCGACCGGCGACGGCCACCUCCCAGUCGUGCCAUUAGUUGGCCCGCAGCCCUUUUGGGCCACACUACGGCCACCGCCUGAAGAGUCUGGCUUCAACACGGUCCCGCAGGCGAUUGGAAUCGAUAAGCUCUUGAAGUGGAAAGAGAGGCCUUUCGUCAAGGGUUUUUUCGAAGAUCGAAAGCGUUUGGCACGGAGUGCCGAAGCAAAUCUUUCAGAGCUGCUUGGAGCCGCUUGCUCUGCUUGUGAUGAUGCCCUUUUGGCGGCGGAUUUCCUUGCAGCUCAGGAUGGUUUUGAAGAGGGCUCCUUUGUGCAGUUCCGGGGCUUCUCUUUCCUUCGACUUGCCGAUGUGAUCUGGAUUGGUGAGCAUUUGGCCGUCGAGGGCUUCAGGGCAAAG